GCCAAAUCUUCAUCAUCUGAGAAAUAUUUUUCAACCCCAUUUGAAAAUUGAUGAAAAAGUGCAAGAAACGCCUUGUCCCCUAUCAGAAGUUCAUACCUCGAAAAUGCCUGUUAUCCCCGACUCAUCCGAUUUUCCGUCGGCCUCGAAGAAGGGUUCCACCGAGUCCCAGACUAAGCCAGGCGAUCAACGGGAGAAAGCAUCGGCGAUAGACCAUCUCUCCAAGGGACCUCAGAUUCCAGACGAGAUGCCGCCAAAGGCAUCUAGGGAAGAGAUUGAAGCCCGGAUGAAGGAACUGAACAAAUCGUGCAAUUAGAUGACUUUUCACGUGCAAAGGAAAUACGCAUAUUUGCUUCCUUGAUUCCCGUAUAUACCUCCUACUGUACAAAUCAAGGGCCUUGCAACUUGUAUAUUCCAGCCUUAUUUCUGGGCGAGGCUGCUUUGAUUUCGCGCGCUCGCACGCAUUCGCAUAGUACAUGUUAUUCAAUCUGGUGGCUAACCACCGCCUAACUUGCACACUGGAGUCUAAUGGUAAGUUCAGAAUCUGGAAUAAAAUUAGAAAAAAGUCUUAGUAGCUAUGCUAUGGAGGAUAGCUGCAGGCUUAGAUCGAGAGAUAAUACUUAGCUAGUUAGUUAUUUAAG